AUGAAUGAUGAUCUAUGUCAAAAAUUUGAUCUUUUGAGGAUGCAUUUACCUGCUGAAUUAGGCGGAACCGCAAAUUUUGAAUUUAAACAAAUUACAAAUUUCGAUAAGUACUGCCCUAAUGGAGACUGCAAUACUAAUCUCGAAAAAAUUACAAUUGGAUUUUUAUGGUUACUUGAACACUGCUAUUUUAUAUCCAAAGGUAGAAGCUAUAAUGAAGAUAAUACUAAUGCAUUUUUUCUACAUAUGAUUUCGUGGUUUAGUUAUAAAUUAAAGCAAAACUCAGAGCACAGUUCCACCAAAAUAAACGAUUUUUAUACUAAUCAUGUAAAUGAUAAUGAUAAAUAUAAAAAAUUUAGAGAUGAUUCCAGUAAAUUUACGGAUCUUAAGGAAUUCAUAGAUGAACGAAAUGAUUUUCUGAAUAUUAAUAUUGAAGAUAUGUCUAAAUUUUAUGAUGCAUUUAAACUAUUAUGCAGUAUGCAUGGUAAUAUUGCAAAGAAUCAAACAGGCAAUAAACUGUCAAAUAAUGCGAAUGAUUUUGUUAAAAAAUAUACAGAGCUAAACAAUAUAUAUAAUAUUGAAGGUACCCUGCAUAGUCAAAUAUUGUCUGCUUUAUCAACUGAUUAUGAUAAUAUAAAAAAGAAAUGUAGCAAUAUUCAAUCUCUUCCAGAUAUAAAAACAACACAAAAUUCUGUAAAAAGUCCUGAACAAAAUGGACAAAGUUCUGAACCAAUUUCUGCACAAGCUUCUGAAGUUACAUCAUCAAAUUCGUCGAUAGGAAACAAAUUAUUUACAGUUUUAUCGAUAUUUGGUGCAAUAGCAUUUUUGUUGGGAAUUUCUUAUAAGUAUUCGUUAUUUGGAUUUCGGAAACGAGCUCAAAAACAAUAUUUAAGAGAAAAAAUAAAAAAUAUAAAGAAGAAAACUUAUCAUUAA